AUGCAAAUUUUAGAAAAUUAUAGACCAACGACGAAGUAUUUUCUCCUGCACCUCAGCCAUCCACCCACACAAACAGCUACCAACACAUUCAUGAUGACUUGUAACAGAACGAGAGAAGAAGAAAGUUUAGAAAAGAUUUUAAGGAAGAAAUCAACUCAAAUUGCUAUGAAAAUAUUCCAUGCGAUGACAAGACUUGCAACGUUGUGA